AUGGCAACCAUUCGCCCCAUGCGGCCAGACGACCUCCUGAAAUUCUCCUCGACCAACCUCGACCACCUGACCGAAACGUACAACAUCGGCUUCUACCUCGAGUACCUGACCAAAUGGCCCGAGCUAUGCCAGGUCAUCGAGGGCAUCGACGGCGCGAUAGAAGGCUACAUCCUCGGCAAACUAGAAUCCUCACCCUACCGCACACCCAUCGAGCCGUACACGCCACUAGCCGCAGCGCAGCUCCAGCCCAACUACCUACCCUGGCACGGGCACAUCACCGCGCUGACGGUCGCCCCGUCUGCGCGCCGCCUGGGCCACGCGACCGCGCUGUCUACCGCGCUCGAGCGCUCCUCUGACGCUGCCACCGCUUGGUUCGUCGAUCUGUUUGUUCGCGCUAGUAAUGAGAUUGCUAAGGAUCUUUAUCGCAAAAUGGGUUACAGCGUUUAUAGGCGCGUGGUGGACUACUAUAAUGACGGCGAAGAUGCGUUUGAUAUGCGGAAACCGCUCAGUAGGGAUCGGGGGAGGGAGACGGUGAGGGACGGGGGCGAGGAGGUCAGGGUUAGUGCUGAAGAUGUUUGGUGA